AUGACCUUCCCGUGGAUAUACCCCGUCCGAGCCGUGCAAGCACUAUUUGGCGUGAUCGUAAUCGGCUUGACAGGAUAUGUGGUGUCAACAUUCUACAAUGAAUGGUCAUACUCCAAUACCGUCAACUUCCUCCUUUUCCUCGGUUGCUGGACUACCUUUGUAGCAGUGCCCUACCUUGUCAUUUCACCAAUAUGGUUGCCUCGUCUUGCACACCAUCAUAUAAUCCCUGCUGUUGAAGUGAUCACCAUGAUCUUCUGGUUUGCCGGGUUUAUCGCUAUGGGAGCGAUGUUGCCUUCGCCGAGAUGGCGUUAUGGCAGUCAUGGCAGUGCAUACAGCUCACUCCAGGCAGCAACGAUAUUUGGGUCUUUUGAAUGCUAUUUCGGUAUUGUCGAUCUUAUGCACCGUCGCGGUGGAGAAACGAAACCACAUUCAAAUGUGAAUAUCGGGGUCUGA